AUGCUGGUCAACUACGUUUUAUGGGUUCUCAGCGCGUUGAUGUGCUUCGCCAAAGCCGCGACCAUUGACGACGCAAAGCUGUACGCUCCAAACCCUCCGGUCACUCACCGGGCGUUCUUCACUAUCGAGUACUUCAACAACGCAACUCAACAGGUCGAGGAGACAGAUGUCACAAUCGAACUGUACGGCACAGUGGUUCCCAAGACUGUGGACAACUUCGUGAAGCUGGCUAAGGGCGUCACUGCGGUGAUGAAAGGCAAGGACGAAAAAAAGGACCGGUUCACUCUGGGCUACAAGAACACACUGUUCCACAGGAUCAUUAACGACUUCAUGAUCCAGGGUGGUGACGUGCUUCCUGACGUUGGACCCUUCAACACCUUCGGUGGCAUGUUUUUCGACGACGAGAACUUUGACUUGAAGCACGACAGACCUGGGAGACUUUCCAUGGCGAACAUCAACAAGCCUGACACGAACGCGUCGCAGUUUUUCAUCGUCACCAGCACCAGAGCGCUAGAUGAGCUGGACGGGAAGCAUGUGGUCUUUGGGCAGGUUGUCGCAGGCCUGGAGGGCUUGCUUGAGAAAGUGCAGUUUGUUGAGACCACCAAGGACGAAUACAAGCCCAAGCACGACGUCAAACUGAAGUACUCCCUUGUCGAGGACUUGCAGAUUUCCAACAAGGAACAACUACACGAAAAAUACUUGCAGGAUCUGCUCGCGUUCCAGAACGGAGACAGAUCCAAGGGCUUGACCAUGUCCACAACCAUCAAGCAAGGCGCCAAAGAGGAAAAGAUCAUGCGCGAGCUCAGAUACGAGGACUUGCACCACCCGCUGGUUAAGGUUGUGCUGGGCAUGGUGCUCAUCAGCGCUAUCUACGUUGUUUCCAAGAACAGAAAGCGUAUCUUCAGUAAGACAACCAAGAUCGUGUCCAUGAGACACGAGUGA